AUGCCGUGCGGCGUGGCCGACAGCGCGGCAGCAUUGCCGUCUGCCGGCACAGACAAAUCCGAAGCUCACAUUAACGUCCCAGGGGAUGCGAAAAACAACCAUCAUCCGCCCCACCCCGUGGCAGACGUAGCUUGUGCGGAGGUCGGCCGGCGCGAGAGCGACUUGGCGAGAAGAGGCAGAGGGCUCAGCUGCCAGCUGCCUUGUGCGAUGGCGCCACGAGACUCGCUGCUCUCCACGUUCUGCACAAGCGCAGCAUCAUGCAUCCAAGCCGAGAUUCCAGUGGUCAGGUCGGAGAAGUUUCGCCUGCAUCGCGACUACCGAACUCCCUAUGUAUGUCUUUGCUACAUGUUGGAGUCUGAGGUGUAA